AUGGCUCUAUAAAUAUUUGAAAAUCUAUUUGAUUUUUUCUUAAACAUUCUAUACAAUAUAUUUGAUCGCCUCGGAGGUCCUAAAUUGGUCUCUGUGUGCACAUUUAUGAUUAGAAAAGCAUUUACAUUCUUUUGCUGCUUCUUGUUGGCAAUCUAAAUAUUUUUGGUUGCUUACUAUUUCUUGAUUCCUAACAUGCAAUAGGAAUUAACUUUGCAUUUUCAAAAAGAUCUCCAUGAUCACUAUCUAGGCUUCUAUUUUAAUUAGGAUCACAAGUUUAGAAUAUGCUAAAAUCUCAAUGAAUAGUAAACUCUUAGCAAAGUCAAAAGACUAGAAAAUGUCAAUAGCGAAUUGAAAACCCCAAAUAGUAACGAAAAAACUUCUGGUAAUGAUACUAAAAACUAAGAAAACACUAGCUAAAAGUAGGUACAUGAAGUUAAUAAUUAAGAUAAAGAGUAGGAAUCUGCAAAAACAAGCUCUUUCUCAGUGAUCGACUCAGAUUUGAAGACAGUUUGUAACAUUCACCUUCAUAAUCAGCGUUAAGAAAUUUACUUCGAACGUGAAUCCUACUAAAUGAACCUACGUUUAGUUUUGUUCGAUCUUUAAAAUAAAGGAUUUAGCCAAGGAGUAGUCCCUAUUGAAAUAAUUAUUUUAGAUAGAAAUGGAGAUAGCCUUGAAAUGAAAAGAACAGUUCAUUUCAACUAAAACUAGAAAAAAAGGAAUAUUUUAGAACGUAUAUUUUCAAGUCUAGGUACAAAGUUGCUUAGAAUUUUAGAUAUAUAAUUAGAUGAUAAUCAGUAUGAAAUAGAUCAAAUCUUAUUUGAGAAGCUACCUAAUAGCUUAAUUGAUUUGCAAGCUAUAAUUAUAAAAGUAUAAGAUGUAGGUAUAUUUAUAUAGUCUUCUUCACUAGUAAUAAAUCCUAUUUUGAAAGGAAUAAGAUACUAUCUCUAUUACUGGUUCUAUUCAACCAGUAUAAUUAUGAUUUUAGCUCUUUCUACUUAUCUCUUUCUCUUUUACUACAUCUACUACUGCAUUAAACCAUGCAUAAUUGAUGCCUGUACAAAAAGAAGAAAACUUCACUAUGAUUGA